CGCCGCAUGUCACGUGGGAGGCGGGGAUUGGUAAUCAUGCGCACCACGUGCAAAGUCCGGUCGAGAGAGAGAGCAGGAUGGGUAGUGGGAGCGCAGAGGCGCGCGAAUGGGGCAGCGACACGGACGAAGAGGAAGAAAGGGUCGAAGGUGCAAGUGGAUAUGGGAGAAGUAGGAGGGACACCGGCACCUCGACGAGCACCCGAGCCUAUGAGGAAGAGCAGCUGCUGGAUGUGGCCUUUGAAUCGUCCGAGAGCGACGGCGAUAUCGAGAAAGACGAGGCAGGUACGAUGGCGGCUAGGCAUGGAAGGAAGGGGAGGAGGAGGGAGGGGGCGGCGCCGCCGCAUGGGACCGGGACUGACCCCGCUCACCACGGCGCUACGAAGUUCUCCUUUCGCAAACUGUUGGCGUUCACCGGCCCGGGUCUGCUAGUCAGCAUCGCUUAUCUGGAUCCCGGUAAUCUCGAGAGCGACUUGCAGGCGGGAUCUCAGGCGGGGUACCAGCUGCUCUGGAUUCUGCUGUGGGCAACCAUGAUGGGGUUAUUUAUCCAGUUGCUUUCGGCGAGGCUUGGAGUCGUGACAAAACGCCACCUGGCAGAGCUGUGCGGCGAGACGUACCCGCGGGCGGUGAAUUACGUGCUCUGGGUCAUGGCCGAGAUCGCGAUCAUCGGGAGCGACAUACAGGAGGUCAUGGGCACCGCCAUAGCUGUGCGUAUCCUCUCUGGAUACCGGAUCCCGAUCUGGGCGGGAGUCUUGAUCACAGCCGUCGAUUCCUUCUUUUUGCUGUUUCUAGAAAACCUUGGGGUCCGUAAACUCGAAGCCUUCUUUGCCGCCUGCAUCCUCGUCAUGAUGGGGUCCUUCGUCGGUAUCUUUGUUUCCGUCGCUCCCGAUCCCGUUGCCAUCGCCAAAGGGGUGUUGAUUCCGUACGUGAACGCGUCGGCGGCGAAGCAGGCGGUCGGGAUCGUGGGCGCGGUGAUCAUGCCUCACAACAUUUUCCUGCACAGCGCGUUGGUUCAAUCUCGGAAAAUUUCUCAUCGCACCCCAGCUCGCUUGAAGGAAGUCCUACAAUACUACUCCAUUGAGAGCACCGGCGCGCUUUCCAUCUCCUUUCUGAUCAAUCUGGCCGUCACGUGUAUUUUCGCCAGAGUGUUCUCUGGGAGGGAAGACGCAGCGUCCGUGGGUCUUGUGAAUGCGGGGGAGAAGCUCGCGCAGGAAUUUCCUUCAAUGGGUUCGUCCUUCCUGCUCAUUUGGGCAAUCGGGCUUUUGUCGGCCGGGCAGAGCUCGACGAUGACGGGCACGUACGCGGGCCAGUUUGUGAUGGCAGGCUUCCUUGAUCUGCCGAUCAGCCGGUUGAAAAGGGCUCUCUUGACACGUGCGGUGGCGAUUGGACCGACGCUUGCAGUGGCUGUGUGGUGCCAUUCCUCCCCGGGCGACCUGGACGUCAUCAGCGCCUGGUUGAAUGUUCUGCAGGCGUUCCAAUUACCCUUCGCUAUUGUGCCGCUCCUCAAGCUCUCAUCCUGCAAACGGCUCAUGGGAGAAUUCAGACUGAGGUCGUCGCUACAGGGCGACUUCAUUCACCCACGCGUGGUGAAGGAAGCCCGCUUACCCACGACAGGGUCUUUGACUCCCAUCUCCGUUACCCUAGGGGAUGACAAGACCCAACGCUUUUUCGAUCAGACGGUCACCGACCUCCCCUUCUUCCUCACCUUUGAGCCGACUGAUCGUUCCCCGGCGUCUCGUCGCCACCGCUCCUCUGCACAUUUCGAUGUGAUGGAGACGGGGUACGACUUCAUUCUCGGCACUCCGUGGUCUCGUCGGUUCCGCAGCCCCGAGGCCGAUUGGGCGACMAACACUYUCGUUCUCAAAACGAAGUGUGGACAGACGUAUCGCKUACCUUUCAUAGGUACCACGRCGAYACCACGCCCCGAUCCKCCUCCCCCGGAGCCUUCAGUGCCCACACCAUCUCCCUCUAUCACUGUMACCUCGCCUCGGCAGUUCRCUCACUUCAUUCGACAGGACGACGUCACSUUCUUUAUGGUGGACGUGACGGAUCUCUUACACUAUGAUCCACCCUGUCCCGACGCCGAGCUCAUCUCUCUGGAGCCAGAUCCUCCCUCUAUCUCCAUGGCUCCCAUCUCUACUUCCGUCCCUCCGCCGUCCGUCGAGUCCACCCCGUCUUCGGGCGGUGACGCUGACGCUGAGGAACUCGCACGAUAUACGGCUGACCUGGAGCCCGCAGUUCGUGACCUCAUCCGAGAGUACCACGAUGUUUUCCCAUCGACGUUCUCGUACGUCGGCAUCCCACCGAUGCGUGACGUCGACCACUCCAUUCAGCUUGUGCCUGACUAUCGUGUUCACCACCAGRCACCCUACAGACUCUCGAUYCCCGAGGCCACCGAACUCRAGCGUCAGCUUGAGGAGCUCCUGARACUGGGUUUCAUUAAACCCAGCAACUCCCMGUGGGGUGCACCCGUCCUCUUUGCUCGCAAAGYGGAUGGAACUCUUCGUCUCUGCAUCGACUAUCGCRGUCUCAACCGCUAUACGGUUAAGAACAGCUACCCCAUGCCUCGUUCCGAUGAGCUGUUCGACCGCCUAGCAGGCAACCGCUUCUUUACGAAGAUUGAUCUUCGUAGCGGUUACCAUCAGAUCCGCGUCGCUGAGCUGUUCGACCGCCUAGCAGGCAACCGCUUCUUUACGAAGAUUGAUCUUCGUAGCGGUUACCAUCAGAUCCGCGUCGCUGCAGCCGACCAGCCGAAGACAGCGUUCCGAUCGCGCUUCAGCCACUACGAGUUUACGGUGAUGCCAUUUGGCCUCACCAAUGCACCCACCACCUUCCAGAGGGCGAUGAACGACAUCUUCAGGGACAUCCUGAAGCAGUACGUCUCGUCUACUUCGACGAUAUCUUGGUCUACAUUCGUACCCUUGAGGAGCACCUCAGACACCUCCGCGACGUCCUUGACCGUUUGCGCAGACAUGGCUUCUACGCCAAGUUGAGCAAGUGCCGCUUUGCCCAGCACAAAGU